AUGCUUCUGAGCUUUCGGGCAGGUAAUGUUGGGGCCUCACGUGUGCUCGUUUGGCGCGAACCUGGAGCCAUUGUUGUGCGACUGCGUGCACGUGUCACACAUGCACAGAGUACACUCGUUCAUUUCCGCCUAACGAUUAAUUUACUCUCUUGCUCUCGUGUGAAGACCAGUUUAGUUUUCUUUCAUUUCACCGUUCCAAGACGCAAACUGCGCCGGGCGGUACUCCAGUUCACACCGCAUCGUUGGACCGACUUCGAUUGGCGUCCGACUGGAAGCCUCAAACGCUGGCUUGGUACAUUAAUCUUGUGUGCCGUUAUUCUCCUAACAGAAUUGAAUACGUUCUACUUAAAAUACGUACUUUGGGUACCCCCUCCACACAUUCUGUGUUUCUUGCGACUGCUAUUCUCUAUUCUAUGGGGCGGACCGGCGAUUUAUGAAUACUUCCAAUAUAUGGAUGACCCGAAGCACGGGGGCUGGGAUACUGCCAGGUUGCCCAGGCCUAGACAGGGGAGUUUAGAUGCAGAGAUGCUCAGCCAUUCUCUGGGAUACACGCCGAGUCGUACGAUUCGUGACAGUGAAGCAAACAGUUUAGUUGGAACCACAACACAGCUGUGCAGUAAACAGACCCUUGUCAACCCAUCUGGAGUGGUCCGUGGUUCGAACCCGACCUCUGCCACUCGACUUCCCCUGUCUAGACUUGCGCGACCUGGCAAUAUCCAACUUCACUUCGCUCCUUCGGGUAUCAUGGUAGUUAGGCACCGGAAGGGUACUAGAGCUGAACAACGUAGAUCACUGCUAAAGCUAGGCGAGCACAAGUUCGAUCGUGCACUGGAAAUCGUUGAGGACAGUACGACUUUACCCCCAGACCGCCUCGUAGCACGAUUACUCGUAGUACGGGGUCUCGAUGCCUUUGGUCUGGCUGCUCCCCUUUGGCCUUCCUGGCAUGGUUUCACCUUGUGGAACGAAGUCCCAGCCAGUGUAGCCCGUGGGAUCAUUGCAGCACUCAAGCCUGACCACCACGUCAAGGUGGCAGCUUUAGGUCGGGCUGGGAUCUUACAGCUAAGGUUGCUGAAAAUCCGUCGACAGCCCACGACCGGUUUCGCCCUUUUUGGGGCUGAACAGGUAGGCGCAGUCCCCGGGUUUCCGUCAACUUUAUGUUCUACUUGGAACCAAAUUGCACGGAAUCAGCGAAUAUACACUCAUUGGCAAACUAAUUUGGUUUGA